AUGAUGAUGGAUCCGUUACUGCGGCAGCUUAGUUCCACCUGUAAGGUAUGUGCGUACGCAGAUGAUCUCCUGAUAUUAGUGGAGGCUAGGUCUCGUUCCGAGUUGGAACAGUCUGGCUCACAAUUGAUGGAGAUUGUCGGUGCUUGGGGCUUACGAGUUGGUGUAGAAGUGGCCAGGGAGAAGACCGUGACUAUGUUGCUCAAGGGCAGCUUGUCACGUAAUCGACAUCCCAGUGUUGUUUUUGAUGGUCGAGGUCUUAAUUAUAAGACCGAAUUGAAAUACUUGGGCAUCACAAUGGGCGAGAGGAUGAAUUUCAUCCCCCACCUAGAUCGCUUAAAGGAGAAAAUGUGCAGUAUUGUUGGUCAAACACUAAAUCAAAACAAGACCAUGGAAGGCUGCACCUCACCAUUAGUGGUGAAAUUCGCCGAUACCCAAAAGGAAAAGGAACAAAAGAAAAUCCAACAAAUCCAAGCGAAUCUAUGGAAUUUGGCGACGAACAUGAAUAUACCCCUGGGACAGACAGCGACAACGGUUUCGACGCCGGCCAUAAUGCCAAGUACACCGCAACAGGCCAGUCCGGUAUUGGGAGCCGAUGCCAUAACACCAGCAUCAUUGCAGCUGUUGCAACAAUUGCAGGCAGUGGGUCUGCAACAGCAACUAUUGCAAGGCCUGGGUGCACAAACAAAUACAGCGGAUACAACGGCCGCAACAGCAGCGGCUGCUGCCGCUGGUCUACUACCUCCGAUGACUGUACAAAAUUUAGCUGCCCUUGCAGCCAUGACUCAAUCCUCAUUGACGAACACGGCCAACAAUCCGGGCAAUGCUCAAUUGACAAAUACAGCCGCCUUAUUGUGUCUAUUAGGAAAAUCUGCCAAUACAGCGAGACAGCGUAAAGUUCGCUCUCUCAAAUCAGAAACGGCUGAACCAACAUCAGCCAAUCGGAUAAAUUUUGUGGACCUGACAAAUAGUUAG